AUGACAAUAUAUUAUGUGACAGUUGCCACUGUAUAUGUUAGCUCAAUCGUAAUAAUAGGCUUUGCAAUUUAUACCGUUUAUGAUCACAGAUCAUUCAGGAAAAAUCAACGAUUCAAGAAAGCUCUUACACCGCUCAUUUUUUAUUUCUUGCCGAUUACACUUAUUGAUUUGCCAAUUGGAGUUACUGCUAUUGCAUUACUCAUUGGUAUUAAUCGGAAUAUAAUAAAAGUUGCAUGGAGAAUUACUCUGAUUGUUUUAAUGAUUCGUACACCGACCGUCGUUUUAAUCACAAUUUUCGUUUUACCACCAUUUCGUAAAGCUUUUUUCGAUUUAUUGGGUAUCAAACGUCGUCAGCAGAUUACCGUAAUACCGCUCCAUAAUAAUUUCCUUAGCUCUCGAUGA